GGUUGGAACGUCAUCCAUUUGUGUGUUCAUUGUUAGCAGCAGCAAGCAGGCAGGUUGCGGUGUGCUUUCACGAAACGGCACUCAAAGAAACAUUACCACAAUCACUACAUUUGGAAACAGACGACGGCAUUAAUUGUUAUUUUCUCGCAAAAAUAGUGUUUUAUAUUCGUUUGAUAAUGUCGGUGGGCAUCGAGUCGGGAUUCUCAAGUGAGGAGGUUCUGAACGUUCGCUUCCCACUCCACCGGGCGUGCAGGGAUGGAGAUAUCGGUGCGUUGUGCUCGCUUCUUCAGUGUCCCUCAAACCCGGCGGACCUAGCAGUGGAGGACUCUUUCUACGGCUGGACACCCAUACAUUGGGCUGCUCAUUUCGGAAAGUUGGAGUGUGUGAUGCGUUUGGUGCAGGUGGGCUGUGGGGUCAACUCGGUGACCACGAGGUUUGCUCAGACGCCCACUCACAUCGCUGCAUUUGGGGGCCACCCAGAGUGUCUGCUGUGGCUGCUGCAAGCUGGUGCUGACAUCAACAGACAGGACUAUGUUGGUGAGACUCCUAUCCAUAAGGCUGCCCGUGCAGGCAGUCUGGACUGUGUCAACGCUCUCCUGAUUCAGGGGGCGAAAGCUGAUAUGAGGAACGCUAGUGGGCUGUCCGCUGCUGACCUGGCCCAUGCCCAGGGGUUUCACGAGUGUGCUGAGAUACUAUCCAAUGCCCAGAACCUGCAGCGGUACCAGAACCUGACCCAGCUUAAUGGCUUUGGUCUGAACGGUGCCAUCCAGAACGGAGGCCACUCCCACCCUCUCAUUCAAGGGCGGAGCCUCCUUAACGGGGCACCAAAUAGAAAGAGGUCAUUUGAUAACAUGGAAGACAAUCAAAUCAAGAAGGCCAGAACUGAAGGUCUGUGCCUGCCGCUGGGGAUGCUGAACGGGAAUGGGUUGGUCUGCGGUGUCGGAGAGGUACUGAUGGAGAGCAUGCACCAGGAGAGUAUGGAGUCAGCAGCGCCGCCGGCAGUGAGCUCAGGUGACCCUCUAGAAGCAGGUUUAGGGUGUGAGGGGAUCCCCUUAAACAGGCACUGCCCCCCAACACACCUGAAUGGGUGUGACUCUACCAUCGCCCCUGCCGACAUCGUCCCCCACGUCUACAGGGAUGCAGCAGAGCACAUGGUUGCCACUGGUAACGCGGGCAGCCAGGUGGAACACCAGACAUCGGUGAAGGCAGAGCAGCAGUAUAACCAUGCCCUGUUCAGCACCAUGCUCCUCUACCACGGCUCCUAAGGUGAAAGGAUCCCGUUGUCAGGCCAUCCCUCGGUUUGCCUGUCAUUUAUGCUUGAUGUAAGCAAGCAUUCAUACGCCUUAAAACCAUGAAGUGAGUUGAGUGGCUGCUUCUUUAUAUGGUCAUUGUGUAGUUUAUUUAUGUUAAGGGAAGGGCCAUCUCUCCUAAAGGGGAGUGUUUACUUUUCAGUUUAUAGAUAUGAAAUGUUCUAUAAAACAGUCACUUGUUUCAUGAUACCUUUUUGUGAUGUGAAAAGUCGAUUUUGAGUGGCUAAAGAAAAAGCUACAGUUAAGGCAUAUAAUGCAUUCUUUGUCAACUUAAUGUUUAUACAUCUGUUUUUUCAGUUAUCCUCGGGUCAAAACUAGCCUGAAUGUAAAGGAAAGUGUUAUGUCAGAUUUCUCAAAUGAGAUGGGUUUUUCUGAGUAAUGAAAUGAUGACUCAACCUUUGAAACCCUUGUUUGUUUGAAAAAUGUAUUUUAACUAUGAGGCAGGUUUUGUUUUGUCAUCCUCGUUCAUCUGUAUCCUGAUAAAUUAAAUGACCUAAAAGCACA